AUGAAGUAAACAACAUUAUAUAACAUUUUCCGUUCCGCGUUUAAAUAGCAACACCCUCCACUGGAGUUAGCCAGAGGUUGCCGAUUGCUCUGAGAUCAACGUGAAACUGGAAGUAGAACAUUUGGUAAUCCCUUUUGGAAAUGCCAGUACCAAGAUAUGAUUCUAAAGAAUGCAUGGGCAAAGUGCUCAUUGUGAAUAAUCAGACCUUUUAUGCUAAAAAGAAGGUAGACAAUGCUCAAAAAGGCAUAGACAAGGAAGACGAUGCCGAAAAGGGUGUAGACUGUCGCCCCAUAAAUAAAGAUGAAGAAGAUAAGAAGGUGAAAGAAUUGAUUAAGACAUUGAAAGAUUUGGGGUUCACAGUUCUUGGCGAUGAAGAACAAAAGAACAAAACCAAAGAAGAGUUUAUUGACUUGUUAAAGAAUGUUGCUGCAAGAGAAGAUUUAGAGGAUGACUAUUGUUUUAUUUGCAUAGUCUUGUCUUAUGGACAAGAUGGCGUAAUUACUUGUUAUGAUGAGACUCAUUCACCCAAAGAUCCAACAGCAGAUAUGCAACUACCUGUUUCUGAACUUCAAGGAUGUCUGAAGGGAGACAAAUGUAAAGGUCUUCGCUUGAAACCCAAGAUAUUCAUGUUACAGUUGGAAAAAGUUGAAUGUAGCUCAAAGGAGGGUGGGCAGCCAGAGAGACAAGGGAGACAAGCGCCGUCAGUAAAAAUUCCACGAGAAGCAGAUUUUUUGAUAUAUACCAGUGAAAGAGAUCAGGCUAUCACAACCUGGAAUGAAGGAUUAAAAAAAUAUGUCCUGGAACCUGAACAACCCUUGGAGAUCCAAAUACUCCUGACACGGAUGAAUGGUCUAUAUUGGGAAUAUUACAUGAACGAAGAGCAAAUGAGGAUGGAUACACCCUGUGUGACCUCUCUUCUUACCAGAGAAGCUUAUCUGAAGCAAUAGGAAUCAAGCCCAAAAUAACAUAGUUCGUUGUCCUAUGUGCCAUCAAUCAGUUUGUAUAUGUGUGUGGUAAAUUACUCAAGUAAUGAUUAAAUUGUUGGCAGUAUGAUAAUGGUGAUGUUAUAAUAUAUAUGCAAUUAGCAUGGAUAAUUUAACAAAACGUACACAUAUAUGGUGUAGAUUAAGUGUUUAAAAAAAAGUUUGGUUAAAAACAACUCAGAUAUUGAGAAAAAACGAUCAUAAUGCUUGAUGGAUAUGGAUCCUUUUUCUUACUUUUACGAUCAAUUUAUUAAGAUGUUAAAAUAAAAGAUGUAAAUAUAA